AAAACAGUGAAUGCGUUUAACAAGAGUUUCAAUCUUUUCACUCUAAACCUUCAUAGCAUAUACAAACAAGAUCGAAAGACGUUCAACUUCAUCUUUGGUCGACUUAUCCUUUGUUCGAUACAACUGGACGUGUAAACAGGUUAUAUAGUCUGCAAUCACACGCAAUAUCCUGCUGGACAGAGGCAAGAAAAGAAGAAGAAGAAAGCAAUCACCAAAUCGAUACGUGAUUAUGCUUGAUGACGAUACAACUUAAUCUUUCAUCCGGUGUUCCUUAAACAACCAACAGUCUUAUCCCCCCACCCUCCUCGUUCCCAGAUAAUACAAUCCAGAAAAAACACUCUAUGGACAGCACACAAUUUGCACAUCAAAGAGGUGCAUCCUCUCUAAGCUCUUCCUCUAGCGGCGGAGGAAGAAGAUACAAUAUCAGCCACCCGACCGAUCAACCUCAAACACUUGUCUCGCCUCCUUUUCAACCUUUUGGUCAAACGGGAUAUCAAAACGGAACAAUGGCUACGGGUUAUCCUGGAUAUCCCAACGGACAACCAUCCGCCAAUCAUAAUCAAGCCUAUUCAAGUGGUAGUAAUGGGCAUAGGACAGGCGGUAGCAUAGCCAACGCAAACGGAAUGGUCUCCAAUGGCGUUCAUCACAACGAACCACCAUCAACACGUGUGCGCCACAAACGCCCGGAUACUGAGGAAAUCAAGAGGGUGGCGCAUAUCCAUUAUGAAGAGCUAUUCAAAUUCCUAAAAAGCCAUUUGGCAAAAGGACAACGAGGUCCGCGUACGAAUGCAAGAGAAAAGCUUACUAGAUUAAGUCAACAGCAAUUCACAGAAUUAUCCACCGACGUUUACGAUGAAUUGAUGCGAAGGAUCACAAACGCACGAACAGGGUCCGAAAUUCCCCAUUUGGCAGUCCGAGAAGAAUUCCAUCCCAAACGAAAUCAAGCCCGACAGAAGCUUGCUACUCUUCCCCGAACACGAUUUAAAGAUUUGAGUUCAGAUGUCUUCUUUGAACUCGAAAGAAGGUUCCCCGAACUUCGUGACGAAUUCAGGCCAGAGGUCUCGGAGCGUGAAAGGAGAGAAGAAGAAGAAGCCGCACAAAAGCAAAGGCAAAGACAAAAUUCGAUCUUGAGCGCUAGAGAUGAAGAUGUAUCUUCGCAUACUGCUCAUCCAUCUGAAGGUGGCAAUAUGAGUGGGCCGACAAAUAUCCUUGAUCAAGGGCAAUCCUCUGAUCUUGCUCCUCAGCCAUCAAUGCAUGACGUGGUUGUUCCUGCGAAGAGCACUUUGGUAGAAGAGGAGAUCGCGAUGCCCUUCACGACCACUGACGGACCAGCCGAGCAGGUAGACUCGUCCUCAUCUUUUGACCAAAAACAUACGCGAACAUCGAGUGGCGAAAGGCCUGCAAGUAUUCGUGAUUCGAUUGUAACAAAUGAACAAGAGAAUAAUCGGAAUACCAUGUAUAGUCAGGCAAGUUCGAUCGGUACAGGCUUCUUCAAUGGGUAUGCAGCCAGUCGUGCCACGGAAAGUGUUGCAAGUCCAAAUUUGGCAGCCCGAAGCAGUCAAGCUGAAGGUUUCCAGUCUUAUGAGGUGGAGAAGUUGAGAUCGGAUUAUGAAUUCCGAAUUGCAACGUUGCAACAAAAAGUUUCUGGACUUGAAAGUCGGAAUAAUGAUCUCGAGAGAGCGAACUCGGAGCGGGCGGAUGCACUGCAAGCCGAGCUGGAAGCAAAAAGACAAUCAUUCCACAACAAAUCACAAAAGUAUGAACGCGAGAUUUCGGAACAUCGUGAGAACCGUCAAAAGACAGAAAGUGAAUUGCAUGAUACUUUGAAACGAUUAGAUGAGCUUAGCGAACGACAUCGUACACUGGAAAAUGAAAGGUCAACGCAACCAUUCAACCAAGGUCAAAUGGAGGAAGAAUUGACGUCUCUUCAACGUGACUAUGCCGAGCAAGAAGAGCUCGUGGCAGAACUGCGGGGAGAAGUGACAAAUUUGAUGGAAGAAUUGAAACAACUUUCGACCAGGAAUGAUGAAAUAUUGGGAGACAAGGAAAAUGAUCAGACCAUCAUUCGCGAUUUGAAUAACCAAGUUGCAUCUUACAAGCGUAAGUAUGAGAACGUCAAGACGGAAUUGCGAACACUGAAGGCGACAUCACAGUUAUACGUUCAACCACCAAAAACGGAUGAAUUCAUGCCACCAAGUGAAACAGGAGCGAUUGCCGAUAUCAAUUUGACAGCAUUCCAGAGUUCCAUUGACGAUCUUCUAUCAGCAGCAAGGUCCAAGACGCCAAGUUCGGUUUUGAUGGCGAUGAAGACGGUCAUCUUGGCAGCCACAUUGGUAACUGAUGAUGUGUCCAAGUUUGAACAAAAGAAACAAGAAGGCACAGCAGAGGGAAGAGCAGAAGUUUCCCAAGCAAAAACACGAAUUUCAAAUUCACUGAACAAUCUGAUGACCGCUUGUCGAAAUCAUGCUUCCAGUCAUGGACUUUCGCCAGUGAGCUUAUUGGAUGCGGCAGCAAGUCAUGUUUCCACAGCAAUCGUUGACGUUGUAAAAUUAGUAAAGGUUCGGAAAGCUACAAAAGAGGAAGUUGACGAAUUCGAAAUCACAUUUACGCAAAAUGGUACUUUACCCAAUGGAUUGAAGCCUUUAUUAGGCUCUAGCAAUCUUGCAAACGGAGCAUUCAGCAGUCCGACCAGCGAUUUCCGUAGACGAAAUGUUGGAAGUGAAGUGGAAGAGCGUCUGCUCAGUACGCCCGGUGGAAGUGGUGACGGAAAUCAUACGGUGGGCGGAGGAAGCGGGAUGAGUAAUCGUUCCUUCAGUCCUCGUUUGAGGCAAGGUGGAACUCCUCUAGGACGUUAUUCGCCCGUCAGUUAUCGCGGAGAUAUCACGAGAAAGAAUAGUUCUGGUGAAGGCAGUUGGAAAAUGAACGGUACCAGAAGUAGAAAUGCGAGCAUCAGUAGCAGCAGCAGUCAUCAUUUACCGCACAAUUCUUCUACUUUUGAUAAGGACACACCUGCUGUGCCUGCGAUCAAUUCAGAUAUAUUGAGAGCAGCUGUUCCCUCUACACGUUCAGCAUCAUUCUCGUCAAAUGCGACGCCAAGAAGUCCUGGAUCAAACGGAAUGGCAAAUAUGCCUACAGGACCAAACCAUGGAAAUAAAACCAAUCUCGGAAACGGCUCUAGUAGCGUGAGUUCCGGCUUACAAGCAAGUAUUGAUGACGAAUUGGUAGGUUCGCGAUCCUUCACAACAUCAUCCGAACAACACGAAGGAUCAUCCAAAGACAUUCCUCAUAACGGCACGCCUGCAUCAACAUCAAUUGGUACACUUUCCGCCAGUGCUACCGCAUCUCCUAUUCCACCACCCCUUCCUCCUUCGUUGGACAAUUCAGAUGAUUCAAAUGAGGCUUAUUGGGCCGAUCUACGAAACUACAUCGAAGUACAAACGGAAGCAAUCGUACAUUGCAUUCAAGCUUUACUCUCUUCCAUACGUGAAGGUGCUCAAGGAAACCAAUUGCACGAAAAUCUCACACAAAUCACGACGAUUGUCUCUUCUAUCAUCGCCAUCUCGAAGGACAACAUCCCUCGCGCUGCCGCAGCUGUAGCAAAACAAACUGCCGUCGACGAAAACAUGAGCGAUUCCAAGGCUGCUACCGCUUCAGCAGACGGAGAGAGAAUCUUACGAGAGCUAAGUGAGCAUUGUGAAAGGUUGAUCGAAAUGCAAACAAUUGGCGGUCAAUUCGAUAAGAGCACCAAAUCUAACAUGGCAAGCGCAAGUUACGGAGUUGCAAAAGGGCUCAAAGCUCUCAAUGGAUUGCUAAAUAUCGAAGCUUGACUGAAACAAAAACAAAUAAUCUAGUACUAUUGUAUACAAUAUCCAAUCAUUAUCAAUGUGAUCUUCCUAUUCU